GCCGGGCCGGGCCGGGCGGAGCGGCCGCUGCCAUGGACGCGCUGUGCCGGGCCGAGUCCCGGCCGCGCCGGCCCGCGGCCGCCUCCCCGCUGCCCUGGGCCCGCUUCUCCGCCUGGCUCGACUGUGUCUGCGUGGUCACCUUCGACCUGGAGCUGGGCCAGGCCAUGGAGCUGGUGUAUCCUUAUGACUUCAGGCUAACAGAGAAAGAGAAAACCAGUAUCUGUUACUUGUCCUUCCCAGACUCCUACUCAGGUGGCCUGGGGGACACUCAGUUCAGCUUCCGCCUGCGCCAGUCGGGGGGGCAGAGGACCACUCACUACGAGGAUGAUGGCGAGUACAAUAGAGAAGCCUCUCUGAUGCUGCAGAGGGAGUCAGCUCAUUACUUUGGUUAUGUGUACUUCAGGCAAGUCAAGGACAGCUCCAUGAAGAGGGGCUAUUUUCAGAAGUCCUUGGUGCUAGUGUCACGCCUUCCAUAUGUGAACUUGUUCCAGUCCCUGCUGCAGCUGAUUGCUCCUGAGUACUUUGACAAGCUGGAGCCAUGCCUGGAGGCAGUGUGCAACGAGAUUGAUCAGUGGCCACCUCCUGUACCAGGACAGACCCUGAACCUUCCAGUGAUGGGCGUUGUCAUUCAGGUGAGAAUCCCAUCAAGGGUGGAUAAGCCAGGAUCAAGCCCAGUGAAACAGUUCAACCAAGAGAAUCUGUUACCAGCCCCAUUGGUUCUCCCCAGUAUUCAUGAACUGGAUCUUUUCAGAUGUUUCCAGCCAGUGUUAAUUCACAUCCAGAUGUUGUGGGAGCUGAUGUUACUGGGAGAGCCAAUUGUUGUCAUGGCACCAUCCCCUACAGUGUCUUCAGAAAUGGUUCUGGCACUUACCAGCUGCCUGGCUCCUCUGAGGUACUGCUGUGACUACCGCCCCUACUUUACCAUCCACGACAGUGAAUUUAAAGAGUACACCACCAGGACACAAGCUCCGCCAAACAUUGUUGUGGGAGUCACAAACCCUUUCUUUAUCAAAACUCUCCAGCACUGGCCACACAUUCUUCGGGUUGGGGAGCUCAAAAUGUCAGGAGACCUACCCAAGCAAGUGAAGGUGAAGAAGCUGGCAAAACUGAAAACUCUAGACACAAAACCAGGAAUCUAUACUUCCUAUAAAACAUUCCUGCACAAAGACAAAACCCUGAUCAAAAGAUUACUAAAGGGGAUCCAGCGGAAGCGCCCGUCCGAAGUCCAAAGUGCCCUUCUGAGACGUCACCUCCUGGAGCUCACCCAGAGUUUCAUCAUUCCCCUGGAGCAUUACAUUGCAAGUCUGAUGCCUCUGCAGAGGGCCAUUACUCCAUGGAAGAACCCUCCACAGAUUCGUCCUUUCUGUCAGGAAGAUUUCAUGAAGACCCUUGAGCAUGCUGGGCCCCAACUUACCUGUGUGCUUAAGGGUGACUGGUUGGGUCUCUACAGAAGGUUCUUCAAGUCUCCCAACUUUGAUGGCUGGUACCGUCAGAGACACCGAGAAAUGACCCAGAAGCUGGAGGCCCUUCAUCUGGAGGCCAUCUGUGAGGCGAACAUUGUAGCCUGGAUGAAGGACAAGUCCGAGGUGGAGAUUGUAGACCUGGUACUAAAACUUCGUGAGAAGCUGGUCCGAGCCAGGUGCCAGCACCUCCCUGUGAAGGAGGAAACACUGCAGAGAGUCAGUCUGUACAUCGAGACCAUCAUCGGCUCCCUGCCCGAGGACCUCCAGGCCGUGCUGCACCACCAUUGAGAAUGGAGCAGGGACGCUGUGGGACAGGGAAGGGUCCUCCCACCCCACUCCGAGCUGUGGGAUGCUGCAGUUGUGUUUGGAAAGGAAACUUCUUCCCUGCUCCAGCCACAUGCCCUAAUCAGGACCUUGCUCACAACCGUGUAGGAUUGUGAUAUGGGUCAACUCUGUAGCAGGAUUAGGAGCCAUGUGCACUGUUCUCUGCCUAGUCUUGCUCUUAGAGCUGGAUUAGGGGCUGUAAAUGGGGCACUGCUCCCUGUGUGGCUGUUGUCAGAUCAGAAAGUGACAGCCAGGCUUCCAGCAGCAUGUGAUAGGCUGUGCAAAACAUGCAUUGCCCAUGUAUACACCUCCAUCUUCAUCUGGUGCUUGGGCUCUCCAAAUUCCAGUGCCUGGGAGGAGCAGGACCAGCCUUGUAGGGGGCAGCUGGUUUCAGGACAGCUCCUGAUGAUAGUCACAGAAUGACAGAACGGUUAUAAUGAGAGAGAUGCUGUUCCCCACACAGAAAUGAUGUGAGAGAAUUGUCCCUACCCAUCCAGCAGCCUGACUCAUGCUGGCGUGAGCCUGAGAGGCAAUGGGAGUGGGAGGAUGAAUUGCUGGACAUGGAACACUGUGUUUCCUCCAAGGCAGAGACAAGAGAAGAAGAAGAAGGGGCUGGUGCAUGUGCAAGGAUCAGCUCUCCAGGGAAUCUCAAUGGGUGCUGUGUGAAAGCAGCUCCCAGAGCUCCACAGAGAGGAGCUGGCCUCCAAAUGUCAUUUAUUCACCCUGGAAAAUCAAGUUUGUGUGCGCUAAUAAUGUACAAGAGAGCUGGAGCUCUGCUGGGCACAGGGAUAAUGUAGCCAGCGCCCUUGCUGAUAAAACGUGUUGGAGAACCUCAUUUCUGCAGCCUGUGUCAGCCUUGCACGUGGGCACCUGGGGAGCAGCCCAUAUGUGAGCCCUGCACCAAGAGCAGCGGGGAGCAGCUCUUCCAGCUCCACCACAGCUUGUCCUCACCACAACCCAGCUUCCAACUCGGUCAUUCUGCUCCCAUUCACCUCUUGGGGAAGACAGAGGGAUGUGUGUGUGCUUCAGGGUGAAUGUAAAAGAGACCAGAGGCUCUGCUGAUGCCCUCUGCCUGAGAGAGCCACCUCUCUGCCUCUGAAGUGGAUUUACCAUAACCCCAUGGUUGGUUGCUUCUCCUAUAAUUACGUUUCUCCAUCCACCAGCCUGGCCAGGGCCUGUUUCCCUGGGUCUGGCAGCCUGCUGCACUCCUAUCCUGUCAGAAGCCCUGGAAUACACAUGGCAGGAGAGCCCAGCAUCACAGCCAGAACCUGCACAAAGGUGUCAGCAGCUUGUGGUGGCAGUGAUGCUGUCUGGUGGCCUCUGCCUGUUGCUGCCUUGGGGCUGUGGAGAUGUUGGUGAAUCUCAGAGGUGGCUGAAUCCUUCCUGCACUUUCUGCUCCAGAGCCAGGCAUGGACAGUGCAGGAACACAGGAAGCUGCUGGGAUCCCCACCAUCUCCAGCCUGGAAGCAGCCACGUGAGGAGACACAGCCAUACGUCCCUGUAGUAAGGAACUUGUACAAUACUCCUAGUGUAUAUUCUGUAUAUAGAGUUGGUGUGCGUCUGUGUGAUAGCUCUGGAGUGACUGUGGUGGACCAAAGCACUAAUGUAUAGUAGAAAGCAUUAGUUUAAAAAAAAACAAAUGAAGCCA